UUUCAAACGUGACCGAACCUUCCCCUCUCUUUCCCUCUUUUAUCCUCUUGAUCGAAAGUCUUUGGAUUGAAAAGAAACCAAAACCAUUAAAAAGAAAUUCAUUUAAUGAUUUCCAAAACAAUUAUUCACCAAGAACAGUAGAAUUGUUGAAACAAUCAUUCACUAAAAAGAAAUUCAGCAAGGUUUUCGACUAGAAAUUCUAAACGCAUUUGAAGUUAAUAAAAGAUGAGUGCAGAAGGCAAGAUCGUUUCCCACCAUCAUGAGCGCAACCAGCCUCAUCAGGAAGAUUUCGAUCAAUCUCCGCCCCCUCCGCCACCGCCUGUGGUGCCUCACUACGGCACAUUUCAGGGUAUUCCGUCCUCUCCCGCCAUGGGUUUCCCUCAGCCUGCCCCACCUCCUGGCUCCAUGGAUCCCCCUCCUGACUACUACACCCGUGGCUAUCAAGCCGUUCCAGGUUAUGUGGUUGCUCAAGGAAGACCAAUGAGAGAGGAUCAUGGCGAUCGCCUUCCUUGCUGUGGUAUUGGUUGUGGCUGGUUCUUGUUCAUAAUCGGGUUCUUCCUUGGUGGUAUCCCUUGGUAUAUCGGGGCAUUUUAUCUGGUUUGUUGCAGAACUGAUGUCGAACAAAGAGAGAAGCCAGGAUAUAUUGCCUGUACAGUUGGUACUGUCGUGGCUAUUAUAGCCACUGUUUUCGGUGUGGCAAAAUUUAAUUACUGAGUAUCCUUGCGCAUGGAAAAGAAACCCGUGGGUAUACAUGUGCAUUUGCUUGUGAGUCGUUGAGCAGUUUUUCAAGUUAAGGAGAGGUUCCAAUAGUUUGUUGUACUAGUGCCUAAAGUGAUUAGACAUAUAAAUAAUCUUUGUUGUGAAUCUUUUUCUGUAUAUAAACUUGUUUACAACGAUUUGUGUCAGUAGAACUAAGCAUUAAGCAUUUGUACGUUUGUAUAAAAUCUUGUGUAUUUGAUCACAUGAAUUAUAUCAUAAAACUGGGAUUGUAUGUCA